AGCAGUAUACGAUUUUGUAGUUUUGUUACAAAUUCCAAUUCGUGUACCUGUAUUUCAAUUUUAAAACAUAUUCUUCUGAAAUUCUACAUUUCCGUAUUUCUGUUUUUUCAAUUAUUCCAACUUUUCUUUAAUUUAAAGUGCCAAAGAUGCCCGUAGGCCAUAGGUAGUACCGAUGGUUUUGUCUUAGAAGUAAAUAUUCGUCCACUUUAUUCACUUUUGUUCUUUUUAUUUCCUCAUCAGUGGCUUAUUGAUAAAAUAGCUAUUUAAAAUCACUUUUGCGUGUGACGUGGCGUAGAUGUUAACGCACAAAUCGAACGAUAAUUAUGUGAAAUGUGAAUUUAAUAUACGUAGUGAUGGAUGAAAGCAAUAACUCUUGUAAGGAUUGCCAAGGUGUUGAGGAGUUGCAUAAAGAAGUCGAGCAUUUGAGGCAACACUUGGCUGAAAAGGAUGCUCAUUUUGUAGCUCUCGAGACUGAGUACUUUAAUUGUAAUGCAAGGGCAACUGACCUAGAAGACCAAGUUAAUACUUGGAGGGAAAAAUAUGAGAGAUUGUAUGAUUCCCACAAGAGAGUUCAAAAACUAAAUCAAGUAUUAGAAGACAAGUUGCUUCAAUUGGUAGAUAAGAUGAAGAGUGAGAAAAGUCAGUUGACAAAGGACAUAGCCACUCUGUCUGUCAGACUGGCAGAAUCAAAGCAUAAUUAUAGCAUGCUUCAGAAGGAAAAUGAAAGAUACAAGAAUGAUAUGAACUUGGCAAUCCAAUUGCUUCAGUGCAAGCCAGACAAUUUUGUUUCACAAAAACUGGAUAAUCUACCUGUAGAUACACAAGCUCGAGUUUCUCAAUAUGUUAUGUCUAAAACACCAAAGACUGCCAGUUCUGCGGCAUCAAAGACGGGGAAUGAAAUUGAUACAUUUGAUGCUAGUGAAUAUGAAUUCAAUAUAUCAGCUUCACUUAUGACUAAAAUUCUUGAGGAUAGUAUUCAAGAUACUGUUACAAAGCACUGUGACACAUGCUCUUGCUCAAAGUCGCAGAGCAAACCAUUUUGCUAUAAUGAAAGCUUCUAUAGUAUUUCCACUCAAACCCAUCUGAGUGGCGAAAUGAAAAAUUCUCUAUGCCUCAAUUGUAACGCUGAAAUCAAAUCUCUUCAAUCUGGCCUGAGUGUCAGAAGCAUUUCUCCCCACGGUGUUAGAGUUAUCAAUGAAAAACUAAACAAUCACAGCCCCACACCAAUGUUCAUUGUGCCACAAAUUGUAGAACAGAAUGAAAUUAAUGUGCCAUCUAUUGAAGUUAUGAAAACGAUUGUUCCUGAAGUAGUGGUUCAGGAAAAACCAAAGAUAGAAGUUAUAAACAGAGAGUGUACUCCUAAAAUGGAAGACAUGAGAAAAGACACAGUUAAUGUUGAACCAACAGUUCAUCAUAAAUUGUGUGACCGCACAAAGACCUCUAUUUCCAGCAAUAAGGACAGCAUUCAAAGUGCCACUGAGGAUCUAUUACUCAAAGACAUUCCAAACGCUAAAGAUAUUAAAACAAAACAUUCGAGUCCAUUUAUAGAAACUGGAAAUUUCAGGAAGAACUCUCAAAGUUCUAUGGGUAACGGAAGCCGGACAUCUUCGAUAGCUAAAUCGACAGUUAGCACUCAUAAAUCCGCUAACCAAGUGGGGCCAGGGCCUCGAUUUUGCCACUUAAGGAUGCAAGCCGGAUCAAAAAAUAUUUUGUUAGACAACGCCGAGCCGGACGUACCCCCCGUUUUAUAUAGGAGGCAGAGCAAAAAUGAAAAUUCAAUAUUUAAAGAUCUUCACGAUGGGAUGGACAAUUUCAUAGACCUAGAUAGAACCGAUGAUGACGUAAAAAUUAAUAAAAAUGACAGGGUCGUUGUUGAGACGACACUUAUAGAUGUUCAUGUCGAUAAUAAUAUGAAAGACUCCAAUUCCAGUAACAAGAGUAAUUCAAUCAAUCCGAUCUUAUUAAAUGUCGUAUCCUCGUCGCCAUUGCAGCCGUUGAAGACGCAUAACUUUACUCCAAAUAUCGAACAUGUCAACAACAAUGAACAAAGUAUUGCCAGCCAACAAAAUUCUUGUGAAGUCGAUAACCUGUUGAGUGAUUUUAGCGUAGAAAACGCCAAUUCCCAAAGAGAAGUGAUAAAUGAAGUCGAGGAUAGUAAUAAGAAGGAUGCAACACCAACUGAUAAUCACGACGUGAAAAUAUUUAACUUUGACCGCUACGAACAGAACAAAAUGACCGCUCAAUACAACAAGCCAAUGAAGAAAAUCGAUAUGUCGCAACUUCAUUCUCUUGAAAACACCAAGAUCUCAAAGGACCUGCCGCCUCAAGGGCUGUUACCCACCGUAGAGAAAAAGGCCGAAGCGGUAAAGGUGACGCCGAACAUCGUCAAUGUCUAUCCAAAUUUGACCCAAACACAUCUCAAAGUUAACGAAACUACCAAAAUUUUUACAAACGAACAGAGCACUAGUUCGAUGUCCAGCGACGAUAGCGCUGCGAUACUUCAAAAACAACAGUUGUUGCGCGUCGCCGAAUGGGUCGAAAAGAACCUGGAACAACAGAACCUGAACGAUCCUUUGGAAGAUGAUUGCUUUGCAAGUCGGGCGUUAAGGAGUAACAGCAAAAUCCACAGACUAACCGAAACCUUGAACGAGCUGGCUCUCAACAUGCCUCACCCGGUCAGCAAAUACUCCAAGUCGUACAGAGACGCUCGGAACAGUUGGAUCCACAACAUAGCGACGCACGCGAGCCAAGACAAGGCAGCGAAACAUACGGCAAACGCGAAGCUAGUGAACAAUGUCGGCAAAGAGACUCUAUUCCCGGUCGAGAGCGGAGAAGCCACGGUCACGGAGAUCAACAACGCUAAAAGUCCAUCGAGCAGCGAGUUCGAUGCGAACAAAGAGUUGCGGGAGGCGCUCAAGGGGGCCGACAAGGAUGUGUCGCCGGAGGAUUUGGCGCGUAUGGAGUACAACGUGAAGAAAUUUCUGCUAAGCGGACCCUAUUGGAACCCGAACGAGCCCGGUAGAAGCCGACGCACAAGUAGCAAAACUGAGACUGAUGUAUAAUUCCAUAGAUAACAUUCCAGCACGCGGAAUCGUGUUCAUUUACGCACGCUUUUUACCGCUUUUAUAGUUGUGUGUUGUGUAGGACUUGUUCGCUGUGCCCCUUGAAUUCCAAUAACUUAAAAUGGUUUUAAAUAAUUCAAAACAUUCCGAUUUAUUAUGAAUUCCAUAGCCAUAUAACGCUGAUUGGUUUAGUACUGGAAAAUUUGAAUUAUAAAAUACAACGUGGGUGCGUAAAGUUCUGACUAGGUAUUGGGUACUUUGUGUGCUUAGUUAAAUUAUAAUGCUAUAUACAGACGGACGCUUUAAUUUUAAAUAUUUUUUUAAAAAAGUAGGGUAGGUCUUGGUCAUAGUUUAUUAGAUUUUUUAUUGACGCUUGCGCUAGUCUGUUACUAAUAAGUAAUUAAUAGCUUUGUGAUUAAUGCUUCAUCUGUGGUAUUGUCUAUAAUUAGAUAAAAUGAAUUCAUGUUUACCGACUUAAUUAAAUUUUAAUUGAAAGUUUAAGUCGGUCCAUUAGUGUCGGUUUUGUUUUACGAAAUUGUAUUUAUUUUGCUCACGUUUUGUAGAUUUGUUAAUCUACCAAAAUGUAUAUAGCAGGAAGCCACGGGCUUACUAAGUGUACGCUUAAAAAAGACUCGAUUGUAACAAUUUUUAUAUUGGAACAAAUAUAAACCGCUUCUGAAGUUAUCAAGAUAUCAAAAUCACCUUAUAAAAGUAUCUAUAGUUGUGAUAAUGCUAGUUACACUAUGUACAAAUAUAGAGCACACCAAAUAUAAUGUCUUCAAAAAUAUUAAUUUCACUAAAAUAACACGUGAACAAUGUCAACAAUGUCAAUGUCAACGUUUAAAAACAAAAACUUUUUCUUAUUAAAGCGCCAUCUAUCGAAGACUGAUAUAACUAAAACGUUUUACUUGAUUAACAUUUGAUUUACGCAACUCUGUAUUGCAAUGGGUUUACAGCAAUUACGGUCAAUGGGAUUCGCGCAAUUAUAUUAUUUUAUUGUUUUUUAUUUCUCUAUGAUUUGUUGUCAAAAUUAUAGAUAAAAUUGAAUCAUCUUUUUAAUUUUGAUAGCCAGUCGUACUUUCUGUAAAAAGUUUUCCUUAAGGAGUUUUUACUAGCGAAUUAUGCUGAAUGUUAAAGAGAUUAAUAUUUUUGAAGAUGAAUUGCGGCUUAAUUUAUUCACGCGAUAACUAUUUUCAUAUUCUAAGUCCACAUCGAUUCCGUCGAAACUAUUGGUAUAUUGCUUCAGCUUUCUUAUCAGGCAGCUAAACAGAUAUUUACUAUAUGCAGUGUGUGUUUCUAAUAUGUGUAUGAAAUUAUAUUUUUUAGUUAGCGUAGUUAGGUUAAUAGGGAAGUUAUCGUUUGCAUUUUUUUAUUUGCUCAAUGAAAUCGAAAUAUUUUGUGUUCAAUUGUAAAAUAUAGGU